UAAAAGAAAAAAGUGCUGAAUUCAAGUGAAAAAUUUUGUUCAUUUCGUAAAAUAAAUAAAAUUAAUUUUUUAUUAUUACAUUUAAAAACAACAACUGCAGUUAAAACAAAAUGAGCAAACUAUUGACUUCCGCUGAUAUUGAGGACGGUAAGGUCGAAGUUGACCCCGUCACCAAAGCUCGCACCGAAUACAAAGUUAUCGAUGGCGGCUAUGAGGUACGCACCACCACUCCUCAGCCGAAUGGCACUUUGAAGACCUCUGUACGCACUUUCUGGGAUCCCAAGCCCGUCAGCGAGGAGGAUAUGAAACGUGAAGCUCAAAAUAAAUUGGAAAUCCGCAAGCGCUUCGGCAAGGAGAUCCGCAUUGAUACAAAAACAACCAUGUUGACGCGUGAGAUCGAAGGUGGCUACGAGGAGGUGUACACCACCAUCAACGACGAUGGUACACGCAGCACGCGCACCAAGACUUUCUUCGAUUCGGUGCCAGCUGAAGUACCUGACAACUACAAUCCUCCUGCGGCCGAUAAGAAUAAGAAAAAGACGUUGGUAAAAAAAUCGUCGGUGGACUCCACGGAUUCCACAGAAUCACGUCGCGUUGUGCAACGCACCGACCAACAGCAGAGCAACUUUAAGCAACAUACUACUGUGGAGGAGUCGCGUCGUGUGACGCAGAGUUCUGAGAUUACGGAGAAUAAUCGCACUGUGCGCAAAAAUUCGGUACAAGAGCAAAACAUUAAACAGGUUACCACAUCCAGCGGUGGUGCUGAUGCAAAGGAUAAGAAGAAGAAGAAGACUAAGUCAAACAUCCCACCACCACCAGCCGACUUCAUUCAGAACGAUACCACUACGGUGGCUUCGAAACGCGUACCACAUGGCGUGGAAUAUACAUAUUCUACUAAAUUGGAAUCGGGCAAAACUAUCACCACUUCCAAGACCGUAUACGAGGAAGAAGAGUCAGAACUGACUGAAGAAGAGAUUCUCGCUUACAAGAAAACUUUGAAAGAUGCUGAGAAGCACAAGAAUGUUACCACAUCAAAGAAGCUUAGAUCAGAAUCAGGCACAAAGAAGGUUGUACCAUCCGAGAAUCCCGGCGAAGUGACCACCGUUGAGACCAUUAAGAUCGAAGGUGGCACCGAAUAUCAUUACACCACUGUCACCGCUGAAGGUAUUGUCAAGAAGGCCGUUAAGACCGUUUACGAUCCAGUGAGCAGCCAAGGUGGGGACGAGAGCGAGGAGGAGAUUGUGGAAGAGUACGAGGAAGAGAUUAUCGAGCCAGGCGAGAAGAAUGUACGCACCAUUGAGACUGUGAAGCAGUUGCCUAAGAAAUUCGAAGAGGAAGUCACCGUCACCCAUGAGAAGACCGAGAAAAAGGUAAAGAAGUCCAUGAUGAUCAGCCACUAAAGCCAAAGCCUCUAAGCUAGUAGUUGCAGAGCUUUGCUGCCUGCGCAAGCGAGUGUGUGGAGCGCCAGAUUCGCAUCAUCAGUUCUAAUAAAACAGGGUGCCUACCAUCUCUAUAUAACAAACAAAGAAAAAUUCAUUUAAAAAUUUUUAAAACAUCAACACGCACACAAAUACACAAGCACACAUAUACACACGUUCGCAUAUCAAUAGCACCCACCAUCAUGCACUUGUUUGUAACGGCUCAAUAAUACAAUUGCGUGCAGAAAAAAAAAAGUAUUGUGGUUGAAAAUUAAAAACAAAAAAAAAAUUUAAAUUAAGAAAUUUUCCAACACCUUUUGGUUUGAAACAAAAUUAUAAGCACAAAAUUCUUUCGCAUCAUUUUCACAUUUCAGAAUCCAGUUGUAUCAAUUGUUGCCGGUUUUAUACCAAUUUUCGUCAGCCUUGUUCUAAAUUAUUUCACUAGUUAUCUCGUUCCUUGAUCAAGUUUGCUGAAAAUGCACAAAAAAUAUAUAUUAUGUGCUUCAUAAAUUAAUAUUAUAUUUUACUUAAUAUGUGAAACGAAA